GGAACCUACGCUUCGUUCCACCGGCGCCAUCUUGGCUGUUUUACCCUCUGUUAGGAGACCUGCCCCUGUUUAUCUGCGCAGGGUCGCAGAGGCGUGUUGUUGUUUUCAAAACGGCCGAGGUGAUGACUGGCGGGAGCGAGUUUCACAAGAACUACAGCAACAGCAAGGACUCUGAUCCCAGGAUGGACGUGGACAUGGACUCCGGUCCUAUGGAGAGUGAGCGGGGGGAGCUGGACGGUAGUGUCCCGGCGGCGUGCUCCUCUAACGGCAGCGGCGGGGAGGAGGACGAGGCGGAGGCCGUCGGACGGUCGAGGGAAGCCGGGGGCUGUAGUAGUCACCACACGCCGGACGGAGGCGUGUUUUGCGGCGGCAGGGAGCAGGAGGUGUCGGUGGAAAUUGGAGAGACGUAUUUGUGUCAAAGAGCCGAUAAGACAUGGCAUACAGCGGAGGUUAUUCAGUCCCGACUGAACGAGCAGGAGGGCAGAGAGGAGUUCUACGUGCACUACGUCGGCUUCAACCGGCGCCUAGAUGAGUGGGUGGGAAAGGCCCGGCUGGCGCUCACCAAGACGGUGAAGGAUGCGGUGAGGAAGAGCACGGAGAUCGGGGGCGUCGGGGAUCUGGGCGAGCAGCCCGAAAGGAAGAUCACUCGAAACCAGAAGCGCAAACACGACGAGAUCAACCACGUGCAGAAGACGUACGCAGAGAUGGACCCAACGACGGCGGCGUUGGAGAAGGAGCACGAGGCGAUCACCAAAGUUAAAUACGUGGACAAGAUCCAGAUCGGAAACUUUGAGAUCGACGCCUGGUACUUCUCGCCGUUCCCCGAGGACUACGGCAAACAGCCCAAGCUGUGGAUCUGCGAGUACUGCCUCAAAUACAUGAAGUACGAGAAGACCUUCAGACAUCACCUG